AUGCUUUACUUGCUUGAGAUGCUUUGCUUGCUUGAGGUGCUUUGCUUACUUGAGGUGCUUUGCUUACUUGAGAUGCUUUGCUUACUUGAGAUGCUUUGCUUACUUCAGGUGCUUUGCUUGCUUGAGGUGCUUUGCUUACUUAAGGUGCUUUGCUUGCUUGAGGUGCUUUGCUUGCUUGAGGUGCUUUGCUUACUUGAGAUGCUUUGCUUACUUGAGGUGCUUUGCUUACUUAAGGUGCUUUGCUUGCUUGAGGUGCUUUGCUUACUUGAGGUGCUUUGCCUGCUUGAGGUGCUUUGCUUACUUCAGGUGCUUUACUUACUUGAGGUGCUUUGCCUGCUUGAGGUGCUUUAGUUACUUGAGGUGCUUUGCUUACUUAAGGUGCUUUAGCUUGCUUGAGGUGCUUUGCUUACUUAAGGUGCUUUAGCUUGUUUGAGGUGCUUUGCUUACUGGAGAUGCUUUGCUUACUUAAGGUGCUUUAGCUUACUUGAGGUGCUUUGCUUGCUUGAGGUGCUUUACUUGCUUGAGGUUCUUUGCCUACUUGAGGUGCUUUAGCUUACUUGAGGUUCUUUAGCUUACUUGAGGUGCUUUGCCUGCUUGAGGUGCUUUGCUUACUUGAGGUGCUUUGUUUACUUGAGAUGCUUUGCUUACUUGAGAUGCUUUGCUUAUUUGAGGUGCUUUGCUUACUAAAGGUGCUUUAGCUUACUUGAGGUGCUUUGCCUGCUUGAGGUGCUUUGCUUACUUGAGGUGCUUUGUUUACUUGAGAUGCUUUGCUUACUUGAGGUGCUCUGCUUACUUGAGGUGCUUUGCUUACUAAAGGUGCUUUAGCUUACUUGAGGUGCUUUGCUUGCUUGAGAUGCUUUGCUUACUUAAGGUGCUUUAGCUUACUUGAGGUGCUUUGCUUACUUGAGAUGCUUUGCUUGCUUGAGGUGCUUUGUUUACUUAAGGUGCUUUGCCUACUUGAGGUGCUUUACUUGCUUUAG